GCAACUUCGACUUCUAACGACCAGAGCUGCGCGGGAUGUUUCCGCAGGCGAUCGGGCUUUAUCAUUUGUUCCGCGACCUGAUCUCGUCCCGGAAGGUGGUGCUGGUGGAGGAGGAGGUGGUGGAGGAGGAGGUGGAGGAGGAGGAGGAGGAAGUGGUAAUCAGAGUCGACUACUUUUCUCUGGCAAGGGUAACGCUAGCUCUGGGUGUCGUUGAGAAUUUAUUGUCAAAAGAUGCGCUUUCUCAAGGCCGGGGAUCAUCAUCUGUGCCACUUUCCAGUCGUGGCCCAGGGGCAGUUCCAGGUGCCAUUCCAGCGGCAGUUCCAGGUGCAGCAGCUCCAGGCCCAGUUCUAGGUGAGGAGGUUCAUGUGGACAAGAAUCUGGGACUUCUAACUCAGCGAAUAGACAGUGGAAUAGGCAGUGGCUAUUCGGCGGCAGCGCCAUGGAUUAGCAUCGCAUCCUUGACUAAGCACAGGUUGUUGGAAUGGGCCAAGAGAUUUACAUCGUACUUGCAGUUUCCGAUGCACGGACAAGGCAGCAGUUUCUCCCUGCCUAAGCUGCUGGCGGGUCUGUGGACGCCAUCACAUGACCCGUACCGUCCUCGUCAGCGGGAGUCACAGCAGGGGGAGUCGUCGUCGUCGUCGGAGUCAAGUCAAUCCUUUCGCUAUGGCCGUACUACUCUUCCGUUGAGCAACACUGAGUUCAAGAAGAGUGGUGUGGUUUUGGUUGAGAGUCUUGACCAUUUGAUGCGGUCUCUCACGGGGGUGAUCAGCAGAACAGAAUGGCCAUCUUUGAUAGAGAGAUUUGUGCUCGGGCCGCAAUCCCAGCCACCAUCCCAGCCACCAUCAUCUCUUCGUCUGACAGGGCAAACCAAGGCCGACUUGGCGCCUGUUGACAUCCUGGAGACACAAACACCCAUGAUGGAUGCUAAUCAUACCACUGAAUUGGUAUUGGAAUAUUGUGUUUAUAGCCACCUGGAAGGUGGAAGGGGCAUUGCGGAGACCGAAAGGCAUGACGUUGAACUCGUAGUGCCCAAAACGAGAUCGGAAAGUGGUCUUGGGUUGGUCCUCCUCGACUACGCGGAUCUGGUGAUAUCCGCGGCGAAGAUCAAUCUUCGUAAAGAGGUGAUUGCCGGCGCGACGGUCAAACAGAUUGUUAGCACGGGGCAUGGGAUAACUGUUUUUGACCGUGUAGUGGUUGAGACCGAGGUAGUCAAUGUAGAGAUGAAGGGUGUCGCCCUUCUUGCGAUUGAAGAGGAUAGGGGCACUCCAUGGGGAGGUACUCGGUUUAAUGAAGCCCUGACGAAGCAACUCCUUAAGUUGCCGCUUGAGUUCCUGGGCUUCGAGAACCGAAAGGCGAUAUGGGACGCGAUUCUAAAUGCGAUAGUUGGGCUUGAGCUGCAUGUGGUGCUCGAGAUCGCGCAUGAGAGGAAUACUGUUCCACUACCAUUCGCAGAUGAAGCCGCGUGGGAACUGCAUCGAGCGCUAUACCGAUCGGUGGUGCUGGGAAUGUUCCUGUUUUACGUGGAGCACGAGGAACAUGAUGUCAUCAAACAACUAUUGGUCUACUAUGUGAUCGUGAAACUCAAGCCAGAGCAGAAGCAAGGAAAGGUGGCGCUUUACCCGUUCGCGAAGAUCCGAUCAGACAAGGCGGUUCUCUUGGAGCACAUCCACGUUGAGCUAUUGUCUAUCGUGCAAGUGAUCGCCAUCCAAGAAGGUCUCAAGACACAACUUCAGCAGAUGUGCGCUUGUAGGAAACGGAGGAAUUCUUCUGAAAAGUCGAUUCGGGAAGAAUAUCGACAGCCAUUCGGUGGUGGUCAGAUGCAAUGGGGGAUAUGUGAAAGGAUGGACUCAGAGGGUAGGCACAAAAACCACAUUUCGGGUUCUAAAUAUUAUGUGGAUGUCGAGGAGGAGGAUAGUGGGAGGGCUGAAAUGAACAGCGAUCCCCCCCCGCAUGGUGAGACGUCGGGGCGACAAGGGGGGGAAUGCGAGGCGGAGCGACAGAAACUGGGUGGUAUGGCGGGGCAACAGGGCGUAGAGGAUACAACUACGCAGAUGGAGCUAAUGAAAGGCUCGGAGUGUCGGGCAAGAGGGGCGAGGGGACAAAUGGAAAGUGUCGAAAUGGAGGGGGCAACGGAGGGGGCAGCUGGGCAAAAAGGUGCUGAGGCAAUGGAGGGGGCAGUUGGGCAAAAAGGGGUUGAGGUGGAACUGAAGGAAAACCAGAUGAUGGAAAUUGACCCCUUCCUGCCCGCAUUCGACCCUGAACCGAUGGAUGUUGACCCCCUCCCGGAAAAUGCUUCCACUGUGCCGGAAGGUCUGCCAGGAGAGGAGGGAGAGGAGGAAGGGACCCCGCCGCCGCGCCUGCCAGUCGAGCAAAAAUUAGUUGAUAUUGCAGACUGGCUAAUGACCAAUCUAAAGGCAAAAUAUGGCCCUCUCACGGAUGAUUUUUGGGACAGAACAUACUUGGAUCUGUUUCCUAUGUUGGAUAUUAGCGCCUCGCUUAAGCACGUCCUGGAAAAUGGUCUGCAACCCGGGGUUAGGUGGACGGAGGCGUGGCACAGAGUGGCCGCUAUUGUGUUUGCAAGAUCCCAGCCCCCCCCGCCACCACGUCCGGCUGCUGCAGAGGAGGCGGGACAUGACGGUGUGGAGCGGAGCGGUCUACGCCGCCUCACACCGGCAUUCCCUCUGCAGCGGUCUGUCCGCCAAGGAGACCCCCUGGCCCCAUUCUUGUUCAUAAUAGUGAUGGAGGCCCUGGCGGCGAAUCUCCGCGCCAACAAAAAUUUGAGGAAGCUGCAGAUCUCGGCCAUUCCGGAAGAGGCUAUCCUUGUCUACUCGAUGUUCGCGGAUGACCUGACACUCAUGGUCGAUGCCACCACUGAGAACAUGGAGGAGAUUAGACGUUUGUUUGACCAGUUCACAGCGGUGUCAGAUAUGACAGUUAAUUGGGGCAAUAAAACCCUUGGGUGGUGGAUACACCACCAAGGAGUGCGCCCCCCGGAGUUGCCACGAGUCAAAUGGCUUCCGGAAAUAGCCCCGGUGAGAGUGUUAGGAAUAAUGUUAACAGCAACAGGGAAACCGGCUUCGAACGACGAUUGGAUUCUUAAGCCCGCCUUAGAGAAGUUGGCGUGUUGGAACGACAAAUACAUCUCCUUAAUCGGUAGGGCGCUGGCGAUUAACAAUGUGGUGCUUGCUGCCCUCUGGUAUAAAUCAGCGAUAUGGGCACUUAGUAAGGAGGCAGUGAGGUCGCUCAAACGACAACUAAUGGCAAUGCUGUGGAGGGGUAACAGCGAGCUUCCCAGGGUUAUCAAUAGGGUGGCGUGGAUGGCGGUGAUCCAGCCUAAGGACAGAGGAGGUUUGGGGAUCCUAGACCCAGGGGUCCAGGUCACAGCGCUGAUGGUGCAGUGGAUCAGGAGACUGGUGUUGGCAUAAGACCUCCUAUGGCAAGCUCUGGCGUUGGAACAGCUCGCUCGUCUCGCCCCACAAGCCCCUCGAACAGUAAACCCUCUGACUUGAU